GAAAAAUAUUAAAUAUAUGUACUUAUUAAGUGUAAAAUACAAUGGAAUGGCUCGAGAAUCAAUGAUCGAAUCUGUGAGUUGCGUUCCAAGUAAAGAAAAAGGGAAACCAACCUGUGAUAGACUAAAAAGUUGUUUUUGUAUCAGUUUGUUUUAAGAUAAGAAAGGAUAUAUACGUUAUGAUGAUAGGAAGGUUCUGUGACCGUUUGACAAAUGGUGAAGUUCGAGAUCAUCACAUGAAUCUUGAAUGGUUAAGGUUUGCAUCCUACAAAUCAUGUCCAGAUAGUUUACCGAUAUCAUCAUGUAAGUUGGCGAAAGAAGGGUUUUAUUACGUAGGGAAUGGACAAACUGACAGCGUAAAAUGCUUUUCAUGCAAGAUCAUACUAAGUGGUUGGAGUGAAUUUGACGAGCCUGCUGAUAAACAUCAACAACGUUCGCCUGAUUGUGAUUUUGUUAGAGGGACCGAUGGAAAUAACAUUCCUAUACACAGACAAGCUGUUAGUUCAAACCCUGAUUCAUCGCUUCAAAAUAGUGAUGUAGCCGUCGAAGGAACAGUCGGUGCAUCGGGAGGUGUUCCACAAGAUUUAGGAAUGGGACAGUAUACACGGGGAAAUCCUAAAUUUGCACAGUUUGAAUGUAGUUCCGACAGAUUUAGGUCAUAUGAGGAAGGCUGGACUAAAGAGGAAGUCGUCCGCAGUGAUAUACUGGCCGAUGCCGGGUUUUUCUAUACAGGUGUUCGUGAUCUUGUCCGGUGUUUUCAAUGUGGAAUAGGGCUACGUAACUUGUGUUCCGGGGAUGACCCGUGGAUUGAGCACGCAAAAGUAUACAAAUGGUGCAAAUAUUUGGAGGACGAGAAAGGCAAAGAUUUUAUACAGGAACAUUCAGAACAGGAACUUACUGAGGACUUUAAGAACCAUACUGGUUCCGGCGCGGACAGACAAGAAGCAGAUAACAGUGAAGCUGACAACAAGGGCUGUGGUGAAAAAGGUGAAGCUAGAGGAAACCAAAAGCUAGAAGAAUAUUCGGAUAUAAAGUCGGAGAAUGAGCGACUUAAAUCUACGGUGAUGUGUAAAAUAUGUUUAACCGAUGAAGUCAACGUUUUGUUUCUACCUUGCGGACAUUUGGUUUCUUGUCAGACAUGUGCUCCACACGUUACUCAAUGUGCAGUUUGUAGAAUGCAAAUUGAGAACAGACGGAAAAUAUUUCUUGCUUGAUAGGUGUUGGUGAUCUUGUCCGGUGUUUUCAAUGUGGUAUAGGACUGCGAGACUGGUGUUCCGGCGAUGACGAUCACAAAAAUAAUACUAAUUGAACACAUUUUCAAAAUGUUCAUGAAAAUUAACAUGAAUCUGAUGGCGUGCUGCUUUAAACACGAUGAAAUAUGAAAACGAUCAUAAUUAUACAACAUUAACAUCAUAAAAUGCAAUAGACAAUUAUGGAUUUUGAUAUGUACAACAAAAUGAAGCCGUAUGUUAGAAAAUGCAAUGAACAGAGGUGUGUUCACUGUGGUUAUUUAAUACAGGGACCUGUAAGAUAUUUCAUACAAAACCAUAAUGCCUGCACUGUUGAAAAUGUUUUAUAUGUUAUGGUAUGCAACGGCUGCAACGGAAUUUUACAUAGGCCAAACUGGCGAUAAGCUCAGAUACAGAGAUACAGAAAAACUGUUCAUGCUUAGAAAAGAGACCCAUCAACAGGCGAUAUCUACCAAAUGAAGUUUCUAAAAAAGGA